GUCCAUUCCACAAGAGCAACUAGACGAAAUAAAUAGUGUUUUGGAGAGAGAUUUCAUGAUUCGAGCGAUCCAUGACGUCAAGGGCAUAGAUAUAGGAAGUAAUCUCAUAAGAUACAAAGCUGAAGUUGAUUUUGACGGUAGAGCAUUAACGCGUUCAUAUUUAGAGAAACAUGAUUUAAAUGUGUUAUUAGAGGAUAUAAAAAAGAUCGAGACAAUAGAUGAUGUAGAAGCAUUCCUACUAAAACAUGGUGAAAAUAUAGUAGAUAUGUUAGGCGGCGAGAUUGACAGAAUAGAACUAAAACUAAGGAAAAAGUUUCCACAAAUUCGACAUUGCGAUUUGGAAAUUUUGUAA